GGCGCCAGCAGCGACCGCUGUAUCGUCAAAGAGAACCGAGAAGAACGGAGAGAAAGAGGUGCGGUGUUGCGUGACUGGGUGCGAGCGAUCGUGGCGCGUGUGUGUUUGUUGUGUUGUUAAGCAUAAACGAGUUUUACAAGAUUCUCCGCGUCCUCCGCCUUUUUGAGUAAUACGCGAACAUAAGCGGACAAAACUAGGAAAAACGAACCGGGUGCGGAGUAAUCGAGAGAAGCGAGGAAGAAAGAGUGAGAGAGAAAGAAAGAGAGAGUGAGUGAGUGAGUGAGAAAGAGAGCGAGGGUGACCAGCGGGGAAAACAGCAGUAUCGCCGUUCGAUUGAUAAAGGGAUCAGCUUUGUGACGAACAGAAGCCAUACGAUGUCGUCCUACAUCCAGGUCGCCGAGGACGAGGGUGAGGAGCCGAUCGAGCUGCCAACCGAGGACGAUACCACGCUCCUGCUUACCACCCUAUCCGCCCAGUUUCCCGGCACUUGCGGCCUCAAAUACCGCAAUCCGGAGUCCCGUACGAUGCGCGGCGUCCGACUGGUCGAUGGCCGUCUACAUCCGCCUGAGAAUGGCUGGGGCAAGGCGAUCUACUUCUGCGUAUUCCCUAAAGAGAACAAACGUAAAUCUGAUGACAAUUUGGAAAAUUCCACAGCUAAGACUAAAAGAAUGGAAACGAAGUUGCGUUGUACUGACUUGAUUGUACUUGGUUUACCAUGGAAAACAACCGAACAGAAUUUGCGUGAAUAUUUCGAAACGUUUGGUGAAGUUUUAAUGGCACAGGUAAAAAAAGAUGCAAAAUCCGGUCAAAGCAAAGGAUUUGGCUUUAUUCGAUUUGGAAGUUAUGAGUCGCAAUUGAGAUGCCUUGCUCAACGUCAUAUGAUAGAUGGCAGAUGGUGCGAUGUCAAGGUUCCUAACAGUAAGGAAGGAAUGAUACAACAAGUUCCCUGCAAGGUUUUCGUCGGUCGCUGCACAGAAGAUCUAACCGCGGACGAUCUACGAGAAUAUUUCUCCAAAUUUGGCGAAGUCACGGACGUUUUCAUCCCGAAACCUUUCCGCGCAUUCUCGUUUGUCACUUUUUUAGAUCCUGAGGUCGCUCAGUCGCUCUGUGGCGAAGAUCAUAUUAUCAAGGGUGUCUCGGUACACGUCUCGAAUGCCGCGCCCAAGUCCGAGGGAAACAAUAAAAAUUUUAAUAAUCAAGUUAACUCGAACAUGAGGGGCGGCAGGGGCGCGCCGGGACCCGUCGAUAAUAACGUCCAGGGCAAUUAUCAGGGUAACCGUUAUAUGGGCCAUUCGGGCAACAAUAUGGGCCCGAAUGGCUGGAAUAAUCCGGGAAAUCGCGGUAAUCUCGACAUGCCGAAUCUACAAGCCCUUGGUAUCACCGGUCAAAACAAUGGUGGUGGUGGUGGAGGCGGUAUGUCGAAUCCGCUGGCGAUGGGUGGUCUGAAUCUAUCUGCGUUGCCGGUCAAUCCGGCAUUGGUGGCCGCCGCUCUGAACCAGGCGUCCUGGGGUCUGAUCGGUAAUCUGCAGAACCAGGGAAACGACCAGGGUUAUUCGAACCAGCCGGGCCCACCGGGCCAGCCGCCCUCCGGUAACAACAGUAUUGGUAACAGUGGCAAUUCUGGCUUUCUCAGCUGGAUGAACCAAGGCGGCGGCGAUGGUAAUACUGGCAAUCCCGGCACCGGCGGCCCCGGGCCGAAUAACCCGAACGCGUCCCAGGGCGCCUGGCAGAAUCACCCGGGUCAGCGCGACCAGAAGUCGAAUACCUUUCUCAAGUACGAGUAAAUUCAACCGGGGCCGUGGGUCUACUCGUAAAACCAAACGGAUCCUCUAUCCACGGGUCCCGAUGCAACAACCAUAACGAACGGUGGUAAUUGAUGAGAUCGAUGAUUUCUAGCUCGUCGACCUCAGAAAAAGAAAAAGACCUAGAGCCUAUAGUACGUUGACGUUUUUUCUAAUGUUUUGCACUAAUCGCCACUGCGUGUAUUAUAAUAUUUCGAGACCUUACCCUGUCUUAUUUGUUUGACAAAUUAGCACAAUUCCGUUCGUUUAGGUUUACGACAAUUGUAGACGGAUAGCUUCGAUCAUUCGAAUAUAUGUGCGAUUUUUGUGUCACUCUCUGGUGUGAGCGUCCGAUGAAUAGUAGCAUGAAUAAAAUCAAUACGUAUGAAGUUGAUGUGUGAGCAGCUUAGCUGUACAAUGAUAAGAUUGCACGAUCGAAUACAUUUAUUGCUUAGCAUAAUAAUUGGUAAUCGUGUAAUUUACAUGUACAAAGAUACCUGAUGAGAUCUGAGUCCCAAGAAGACUUCAGCUACUUCAUUUAGCCUGGAUCUAUAAUAGGUGUUUUAAGUCUUAAACCAUAAGAAAUGGAUGAAUCGUAGUCGAUUGUUCUCCUCGCAUUCAAUUUAUCAAUCUUUUAUGAUUUUAGGCUUAGAACACCUAUGUAGAUCCGUACUUAUUAAACCCAGUGAAAUGUGUACCAAAAUAGUUUUGCUAAAAAAAAAUAACUGCCACACAGACACAUGGAAUCUUUCCGCACAUUCUCAUUUGUCAUUUGCUUAGAUUCCGAGAUCGCCCAAUCGCUCUGCAGCGAAGAUAAUGUGUGUCUCAGUACACUUUUUAAAUCGCGACAAAGUCCAAGGAAACAAUAACAAUUUUUAAUAAUCAAGUGAACUUGGAUAAGGGGCGAAAUGAUCACAUAGGAAAUAAUUAUAACUACAUAUAAUAAUAUUAUAAUUACAUCUACAUCGUUUUUCCAUUCUAUUUAAGUAUACAUUUUCUCAACGAGCAAUUAUUAAAUUAUUGGAAAAUCGGAAAUAGCUAAAGUCUUUUUUUGUCACAAAUCUCUUUAAUAGAGGGGGCUUUAGUAAAUACUUACUUAAUAGUGUUUGUUGAGAUAUUCUGGCUUUCUCUAUAUAAUCACAUUUUUUAAUUUAAUUAUAAUUAAAUUUUGUCUCCUUGUCUACGUCAAAAAUUUUAUUGUAGGAGGAGACUAGAUUGAUCACCUUAGUUAUGAGAACUAAAUUAGUUCUCGUAACUAACUAAGGCGAUCGAUCUAAUGGGUGCAAUAUGGUAAUAGAUGGUACCCAUGAGACCAAAGCCAAUUAUAUAAUUUGUUGUAAUGAAUCGAGAGCCGCGCCGAAUUUGUAGACGUUUUUUUACAAAAAAGCGUAAUGUAAUACAAUGUAUAACUUGCCAUCGCGUUUUCAAGCUGUUUAGAAUAUUCCAUUUUCUUGCGCAUUACUUUUUAACGACAGAUCUCUUAUUUAUUUUAGAAUCAUAAUUUUUCCUUGAUAUAUUCGAGAGAUCUAGAUUUGCGAAUUUUGCUGUUACGGGAAUAGACAGUUUCAUUCGAAUCAGGAUACUUAAAGCUCCGCAGUCAUUUCUGAUAUUUUUAUCUUCCUUAUAACAUUUCUUAGCAAAAUGUUUGGGAAGCAACUUUAUUUUGUAAUUCUAUAUAGCAUAUUCACCAAGAUAUAUUAAACGAGUGAAGUAUCAUUGCGUUAUUUUGAAGAAAUCUGUUUCCAAAUAUUAAAUAACAAAUAAAAUGAAUAAAUGUAAAAUAUAAUGAACUGAGAUAGUAAGAAUUAUGAAGAAAAAGAUAUUCUCUACAUUUUCAUGUAGAGAAAUAAUUGGAAUUAAAAUCGAAAAUUAGUAUUUAUCAUUUUAGGCAUUAAGUGGAUCAAAAUUUUUUUUGUGUGGUACCUUUGAAAUAACAUCUUAUUCUAUUUUGCAGUAUUCUUUAUCUGCGAAAAAAUUUCCAAAAUGUUAAGAUUUUCAGAAGGAGCGUACAAAUUGCGAAUGAUAUGAUUGCCUGAGAGAGAAUGUAUGUAUGAGUCAGAAUAGCUCGCAACACACCUAGAGAACACUUGAUCGUAGCUAUCCGUAUUGUAUAUUAUUAUCGAUUUGAACUUAUGUUUCAAAUAUCUAAAAUGUAACACAUAAAUAUAGCUUAUUAUGUGAGAAUUUUACAUUAGUGUGCAGGUGUGUCAAAAUUAUUGAUCGAUUGUGUGUGAAAGAAAAUCGUUUGAAUCGUUUGAUCAGAUUUUUCCAUUUUAAUUGAGUGAUUUGAAAAAAAGGGAAGAGAAUCUGUUUAGAUCUGUCUUAUAUGUCUGUGUAUAAUGUGUCAUAAGUUUUGAAUGAAAUAUCCUUGAUGAAAAGACUUUCGAACUGUUUCCUGAUUGAACGAUAAUGAAAAAGAUAGCUUUACUGGUCGAGAGUAUUUAUUUUUCAAAGAAAGAAAGAAAGAAAAAGAAAGAGUCAUAGCACGAGGAAGGAUGCAAUUCACAUCUCACAAUUAUAGUCAAUAACUUUAACAUACGAAAUAGUGUCGCAGUAAACUUAAAGACCGCAUUUGACAUCGCGAUAUCACUGUAUACCACGUUAAAAGAAUUAUUUAGAUCAACUAUUUCAGAGAGUACACUAAUUAUCUCUUAUGAGUAUAUUAAUUGAAAGAAUAAAAAAAUAUAUAAUCCUUCUAUAUAAGAGAUGUAUGUACUGUUGUGCUUUUUAUUUUAUCGUACAGUGAUUUCUCAUCAGUUUCCUUUUUUUGAACGCGAGAUACUACUUAAUAUACAAUUCUAAUGAUAAUACUCUCUCACUCUUUCUCUCUCAUUAGCGUGAAUUCUCGUCGAUAUGCGUGUCGCGUGUAUAGAUGAGAAAAAUCUCCUCUAACUUUGAGAUUGUCAAACUGGAUUGCUCGAUAAGCACAUGUGUGUAUGACGGUUGAAUGUAUUUGUUAAUGGUCGUCUAAGAACUACAGGCGUGAGUUUUUAUUACUAGCAAAAGUGAUAAUGUCGUUUGUUUAGAGCACUGAGAACGCGUGUACUUGGCGGAGCGAGAUGAAGAAAUGAGAUGACUGAGUAAUAUAAUACAUAAGACGAACGGGGGAAUACUGCGGUAUUAGAUGAGAAUGAGCAAAAGUCGUCCAGUAUGUAUCUGAUAUAUAUGUAGAUCGAGAGGAGAUUGUUUAUAUACGUAGUGUAUGUAAAAAAACUAAAUUACACACACACACACACAUACAUACAUACACACAACACACACAUUUCAAUGAGGAGAGAUAGACAAUGUGGAGUUGGUUGAUUGCGCAUUCUGCCACGCUAUUAAGUCUAUAAAUUGUUAAAUCGAUCUACAUAAAAGCUGUGGUUUAAGACAACUUUUAACAGACACUGGAACCGUACCAAGCUUGUCACUGAGGCACGAAUGUUCGCGCUUUAAUCUCCGUAAUGUCUGAAGAUAUUUUCAGGGAAAACGUAGUUCCUUACAAUACGAGAAGUAAAAAAA